AAGGCCUUUUUGCUUGCACAGGCGGAAGUAGGGUUGUCGCCCUUGCUCUACCCAACUGGUCGAUUCUCAGUUCUUUCUCAGUAGCGGAGGAGAGAGAAACACCCGGAAUUCGGAAAGAGAGAAAAAUUCCGAUUUCUUGUCAAACAAUUUACCAGUUCUGUGAUAUCGAAAGGAGGACGAGCUUCGAUGCCUUGUCGCUCUGCAAUUUAGUCUCCGCGAGACGAUACCUAAAUAUAAUCAGAGUCGAUGGCUGCUCUCCCUCUCGGCAAGCUCACCAUCCUCGUGGGCGCAGGCAUUCUUGGUUCAGUUCUUGCAAAAGAAGGACGUGUAUCUGAUGUUGUCUCUGGUGCUUUCAAGAUUGCAUGGAAACAAAUUAUACGAAGUGAUAGUACUCCGGCGGCUAAGAAACCACACAACGACCAUCUGAUGGCUCAGAUGAACAACCUACGGAAGGAGCUGGAGAUAAUAGCAUCAAGUCCUCGGCAACCAGUUACAAUUAUAACUAUGGGUCGAACAGGUACUAGCAAAUAUGGUAUAAUUAUUGUUGUAGUAGCGGCGGGAUAUGGCUACUUGUGGUGGAAGGGGUGGAAGCUUCCUGAUAUGAUGUUUGCAACAAGACGUAGCUUAUCCGAUGCUUCCAAUUCUGUUGCUAAACAGCUUGAGAGUCUGUUUACAUCAAUUUCGAGCACUCAGAGGAAAUUAUCUUCACAACUUGAUCGUGUGGAAUGUAGUUUGGAUGAAAGUAUUGAAAAUACUGCUAGGACGCAACAGGAGGUUAUCACACUACAAGGAAGGACGGAUACCAUUAGCAGAGAUUUUAAAAAAGUUCAUCACGCAGUGCUGACUCUGGAAACAAAAAUUAAUAGAAUCGAAGGGAAGCAGGGUGAGACUGCUGAUGGAGUCUGGAAGUUGUGUGACUAUGCCCUGAACAUGGAAAAGGGCAGAAACGCAGAACGCAUUCAGGCGUCACCCUCCAGCUUUUCCAGGUCAGUUCUUGAACUACCACCAGACUCCCCCUCGUCUUUGGUGACACCACUGAAGUCCCCGAGGCCAGCACUUGAGCUACCCCCAACGUCACCCUCAAGGUCGUUUCAGGAGAAUAGUGGAAUCUUGGAAGUGGUUGAGUCCUCAAAUCGUGGUGAGGCUUCCAAUGGGAUUCGUGCCCAAGAAGGCACAAACAAAGUGGCUUCCAGUUCUGGUUGGUUUGGGUUCGGGUUUCCAACCUUCAAUAGUUCGGCGCUCCAAAGGACGCGAAGUGCUACAACUGGAAUGGUGCAACAGAAACGAUCAACUAGUCAACCAUUAUGAGGAUCUUUGUAUAGAUCCCGGUAAAGUCAUUAGAGUAAAUUUAUAUAAUAAAUCAUCAUUUGUACCAUCGCUCGGGUGAAAGCCUCGAGCUUUUAGACUGUUUAGUUUUGGAAGCCAAAACCUCAAGUAUAGCUGAUGCCUUGUAGUCGAUCAAAGUCAUUGUAGCGGAGCGGGACGGGACGGGACGGGGUGCUGAGAAAUUUUGUAGCGCAGUUACGUCGUAAUAUGGUUAUUCAAGAUAAUCUUAUGGUGACAUUAGUAUUUGUGUAUAUGAACGAUGGCCGUUGUCACAGAAGAGGUUUUAGGUUUAAAGUUUAUUGUUUUGGCAAUAAUGGAGAAACUUUUAGAUGUUGCUGUCGUGUAUGUGUAAAAUUCAUGACUUGGAUGUGAUGAUUAAUUGUGAGAGCAGUGGCGUAUACACCUAGUGACAUCUAAGAAUUUUAUUUACAGUUCAGAGGAAUAUACAAUAAAUCAAAUGUUCCAUUAUUUAUUUUAA